GAUCAACGCAAGGUAUUCCGCUGUCCUUGGUCGAUCGGUAUUCGACGGCGUCUUAGCACACGCCUAAGUUUACUCUCCGUUCAUCCCUUCUUUCCUCCCUUCGCGCUUGCUUGUUUUCUGAUCUGCGAAGAUGAGAGAGUGCAUCUCGAUCCACAUUGGCCAGGCCGGUAUUCAGGUCGGAAACGCGUGCUGGGAGCUUUACUGUCUCGAGCAUGGCAUCCAGCCUGAUGGUCAAAUGUCUAGUGACAAAACCGUUGGGGGUGGUGAUGACGCUUUCAACACCUUCUUCAGCGAGACUGGUGCGGGCAAGCACGUCCCUCGUGCCAUCUUUCUUGAUCUGGAACCUACUGUAAUUGACGAAGUAAGAACUGGCACUUACCGUCAGCUCUUCCACCCUGAACAGCUUAUCAGCGGAAAGGAAGAUGCUGCUAAUAACUUUGCAAGAGGCCACUACACCAUUGGAAAAGAAAUAGUCGAUCUCUGCCUUGAUCGCAUCAGGAAGCUAGCGGAUAAUUGCACUGGCCUCCAAGGCUUCCUUGUUUUCAAUGCUGUCGGUGGAGGCACUGGAUCCGGGCUUGGUUCUCUUCUCCUCGAGCGUUUGUCUGUGGACUACGGCAAGAAAUCGAAGCUGGGCUUCACAGUCUAUCCAUCUCCUCAAGUCUCUACCUCAGUGGUGGAGCCUUACAACAGUGUUCUGUCCACCCACUCUCUUCUCGAGCACACUGAUGUGGCUGUUCUCCUAGACAAUGAGGCAAUCUAUGAUAUCUGCAGGCGAUCUCUUGACAUCGAACGCCCCACAUACACCAAUCUCAAUCGUCUCGUUUCUCAGGUCAUUUCUUCUUUGACUGCCUCUCUGAGGUUUGAUGGUGCUUUGAACGUUGAUGUCACCGAGUUCCAAACUAAUCUGGUCCCGUAUCCAAGGAUCCACUUCAUGCUCUCAUCCUACGCCCCCGUCAUCUCUGCAGAGAAGGCUUACCAUGAGCAACUCUCCGUUGCCGAGAUCACCAACAGUGCCUUCGAACCUUCUUCCAUGAUGGCAAAAUGCGACCCUCGCCAUGGAAAGUACAUGGCUUGCUGCCUCAUGUACCGUGGAGACGUGGUGCCCAAGGAUGUUAAUGCUGCUGUUGCGACUAUUAAGACCAAGCGCACCAUUCAGUUCGUUGACUGGUGCCCGACCGGAUUCAAGUGCGGCAUCAAUUAUCAGCCGCCCACUGUUGUUCCCGGUGGUGAUCUGGCCAAGGUGCAAAGAGCUGUGUGCAUGAUAUCUAACUCCACCAGCGUUGCUGAAGUCUUCUCCCGGAUUGAUCACAAAUUUGAUCUUAUGUAUGCUAAGAGAGCAUUCGUGCACUGGUAUGUUGGUGAGGGCAUGGAGGAAGGUGAGUUCUCUGAGGCUCGUGAGGACCUUGCUGCACUCGAGAAGGAUUACGAGGAGGUUGGUGCUGAGUGUGCUGAGGGCGAGGAAGGGGAAGAUGAUGAGUACUGAUGGAGUUCACUAGUCUCCUUGUGUUCUUGAAGCACGCCCAUCUCUGAUGUGUCGAGCUAUCUUUCUUAUCGUAUGUUUUAGUAUCCAAUAUCCUUGCCACUGUCGUUUCUACUAUAAGAUAUUCUAUCGUUCUCUGAAUAUAUGGACUCAGUACUUGUUGUGUUCA